GGGGUCUUAUAAAUUCUCCUCUUUUUUCAAUUUGGUUCGUACAGAAAAAUGAAAUGUCAUAGGUGGUGACCCCAGCUAGAUGCCCAACGGGUAACCCAAGAACCUUUUCCACCACCCCUUUUAGGCCGCCAUGGAAAUGACUCAGAUAAGAUCACAGAGGGGAAGGGUGGGAAGUUAAAAAAGAAAGGAAAUUUGAAGGGAAAAAAGAAACCCCACCUGAAAAUAUAAAAGCUCUGUUUUGAUUUCUUAAACCCCAGAGGAAAUUAGGGCCGAAAAAGGGAUGGAUGAGAGAGAAAAGAGAAGAAGGGGGGAGGGUGGUCUUUUUUAAGAGUAGGAAAUGGAAAACGGUGGUGUGGAAAAGGAGGAAAAUUUGGGGAAAAAGUUAAGGAGAGGGGUUUUGAUUGGGAAAAGAUGUGGACCUUGCACUCCAGUGCCUUCAUGGAGGAUUUGGGCUCCUCCUCAAGAGACUAUCAUUAACCAAACAGACCCUUUUCACAGUUCUUCUGCUUCUGCUUCUGCUUCUAUCUCUGCCAGAAAGCUUGCGGCUGCCCUUUGGGAGUUUCAUCACUAUCUUCCACUUCCUAAGAUGCACAGAGCUUCCAAGAAUGGCGUAUCUAAUGGUGCUGCUGAUUCAAGGCUCAUCCGCCGCCGCCACUUCCAUCAUCAUCAUAAGGACAAAGCCCUUGAACUUUCCAACUUUCUUGGUGAUCCUUGCCCCAGCUCUCCUGAGCAGCCAGCAAGUGCAAGCAGCUUAAGGAGACAUGUUGCUGCAUCAUUAUUGCAACAUCAUCAAUCAAUUGAAAGGAACAAUCAAGCUCUUCAGCCCAUAUCUCCCAGCUACGGAAGCUCUAUGGAGGUGGCACCUUACAACCCUGCAAUCACUCCUAGUUCUUCGGACUUCAAGGGAAGAAUUGGCGAAUCACAUUAUAGUCUUAAGACGUCUACCGAACUGCUAAAAGUAUUAAAUCGAAUCUGGAGUUUGGAAGAGCAACACGCGUCGAAUAUAGCUUUGAUAAAAGCAUUGAAAACAGAACUCAGCCAUACUCAUAUCAAGAUGAAGGAGCUGCUUCGACAACGACAAGCUGAUCGACACGAGAUGGAUGAUUUAAUAAAGGAAAUUUCCGAAGACAAACUCGUUAGAAAAAACAAAGAAGAAGAUCGUAUCAAGGCUGCAAUUCUGUCGAUGAGGGAUGAACUUGAAAACGAGAGGAAAUUAAAGAAACGAUCUGAGAGCCUACAGAGGAAGUUUGCAAGAGAGCUCUCUGAGACGAAAUCUUCUCUUGUCAAUGCGCUAAACGAGAUAGAACGAGAGCGAAAAUCUAGGAUGCUCUUGGAGGAUCUCUGUGAUGAAUUUGCGAAGGGCAUAAAACGCUACGAAAACCUGGUGCACGCCUUAAAACAGAAAUCUGAUAGGAACAGCACGGGAAGAGUUGAUCGUGAUGGUUUAAUUCUCCAUAUCUCGGAAGCUUGGCUCGAUGAAAGAAUGCAGAUGCUACAAGAACAAAACGGUGCUUAUGUCGAGAAGUCUGUGGUAGAAAAAUUACAAGUCGAAAUCGAGAGCUUUCUUGAUGCUAAACGAAAUGAUGCUAACGAUAGCAAGAACGAUCAACUGUUAAAGGACCAUCGAAGUUCACUAGAGUCGGUCCCAUUGAAUGAGGCUACCAGUGCACCUCAAGCUCGGGACGAUGAAGAUUCUCAAGAUAGCGAUUCACAUUGUUUCGAGUUAAACAAGCCAAACAACAGCAAUACCAUGACUCAUAAAAAUGAGAAUACAGAAGAUCAUAUCGACAAAGUAGAGAAAUCAAACGACACGCAAAGGAAACUCGGGUCUCACGAGAGGUCUAAAAGCCACACUCCAUCCAGCUUGCAAGUACGGUUUGAAGAACAAAUGGCUUGGGCAAUGUCUUGCAUCGGAAACAAGAAGAACGAAGGAAUAUCCGCUGAAGUAAACAAACCUAGCCAGACUGAGAACUGUCAAGACUCGAUCCACGGCUCGAAUUCGAAUCACAUACUGGAUAGCGUUAUCAGAAACCAACUCCUUCAUGGGGACAAUGUGCAUCCUGAAGAAGCUCAUGGUGAGGCCUCCAGCAGCAACACUGGGUGGAGGAACCAAGCAAGUCCAGUGAGACAGUGGACAACAACAGCAGCCCCAGAGAUCAACACGAACACCAUACAGUCAUCGACAUCGACAUCAUCGAAAUUGCCUCCCGGACUAAAGGAGAACACUCUGCACGCAAAGCUUCUUGAAGCAAGGACAAAGGGAAGUCGGUCGCGGUUAAAACUUUUCAAGUGAAAACUGUUUAUCCUACUUUUUUGGAGUACUUAUGGUGAUAUCCCUCUCCUUAUGUAUCCUUGUUAUGUCUCAGCAUAGUACAGUUUUACAUUCCACUUCAGCACCUGUAAGGAUUGGUAAUGACUCUCAAAUAUAUUAUAGUAUCAAGUUCGGGUAUUAUCGACCUGAAAACCCGAAUUCCAGA